AUGCUCAAUUCUCCACGAAUUGAUCAUAACACCAAAUUCAUUAAAGAGUAUUCUUUUAGAAAAGAUCAUUCACUCUCAGGAGGAAUAGUAUUGCUUACUAUCCACAUCUUAAUUGUUUUUUCUUUAUUUCGCUACCCAAGAAUCAAAUCUAGAUUAUUCCCAAAUUUAAAUUUAGUAUAUAGCUGGUCUGGUAAUAUAAAUAAGCUUGGUGCUGCUAUUUAUUCCGCUAUUAAUAUUAUGGUCAAUCAUUAUCUCACUAUUUAUGUUUGUACAACACAUCCUGAAGAAGUCACAAAGUUUCAAAACAGAUUAAACGAAAUUAAAAUCGAUCACGUCAAAUUUAUUGUUGAAUUCCAUAAUACAACUUACCUAACCAAAAAAGUAUUUAAUGGUUCCACAUACGAAGCAUAUAUCAAAACAGUUUUUAGCCCAAAUCAUCCAGAAAUCGACAGAUUUAUUAGUCUUGACGCAGAUACUCUAGUUAUCAACAACUUUGAUAAGUUCUAUUACAGAGAUUUCGAAAAUACGUACGCUAUUACUGUUUUAAAUUGA